AUGGAGAAGGAAAAUGUGACCAGAAUCAACACCAUCCAUCUCUUAGGAUUUCAGACUCAAGAAAAUGUUAAAUUUUUUAUGUUUUUUCUUUUUUUUAUAACGUUUUGCUUUACCCUCUGCGGAAACGUUCUGAUCAUAGUUUUGGUGUCCUACAACAAAAUCCUCCAUUCUCCCAUGUACUUCUUCCUCUCUCAGCUGUCAUUAACAGAUAUCUUAUUAGCGAGUGACAUUAUUCCCAACUUGCUCCAAUCCAUUUUGGUGAGAGAGACCAUCAUUUCUUUGUCUGAUUGCCUCUCCCAGUUUUAUUUCUUCUGCGUUGCGGAAAUUUUUGAAAGUCUUCUUCUGACUCUGAUGUCCUACGACCGAUACUUGGCCAUUUGUAAACCGUUGCAUUACAGCAUGAUCAUGAACCACCAAUGCUGCUGUAUAUUCAUUACCACCUGUUGGACUUUAAGCAUUUUAAUUUCACUGGUGUAUCCUCUAACCAUAUCUAAAUUGCAAUUUUGUGGUCCCAACGUGAUUGACCACUUUUUCUGUGAUCUUGAUCCAAUUCUUAAACUUUCCUGCUCUGAUACAGCGAUUGUGCAGCUACAAGUAAUAUUAUUGAGUCUUCUUUUUGCCGUCAUCCCGUUUGUUAUCAUCAUUGUAUCAUACGUUUAUAUUAUAGUCACUGUUUUUGAAAUCCCAUCCAUCACUGGGAGACAGAAGGUUUUCUCAACAUGCAGCUCCCAGCUGGCUGUUGUCUCCAUCUAUUACGGCACCACAGCUUGCGUUUAUAUGGUCCCCAGUAAAGGACAGUCAUUGAAUGUACGUAAGGUUCUGUCAUUACCAUAUACUGUACUCACCCCACUGAUGAACCCAAUUAUUUACACUUUGAGGAAUAAAGACCUGAAAAAUGCAGUUAAAAAAGCAUUUAACAAACUUUUGCUGUGCAUUCUAUUUAUAAAUAAAAAUCGAAUGUGA